UAUUAAUGGAAUUGGCAAAUUUGAAUCUUCUUUUGAGAUCAAUAAUUUAUUUCUUUUCUCUUAAGAAAAAUAAAAUAAAUCCACAGCAAUAAAAGCUGCUUAAUUUUUCAUUUACAUUAUUUUCUCUAUACAUAGUUCCAUUGUGAAAUACCAAUCAAGUUGAUCCAAUUGAAAGGGAUUGCAAUUUCACUUGAGAACCUUAGCAUCCUUUUGCAGAGUCUUAUAUUAGCUUCAUGGCAUUUUUAUUCUACCAGAAUUUCGUUGUACUAUAUAAGUCAGCUUUGCUUAGGCCAUUUGCUUUUUGACAGGGAGGUCAGCUGUGUGAUUACUGAAAUUGGUUCUUCUUUCUUUACCGCUCUCACAUUGGGAUAGCUUUUACUUGUAUGACUGAGCUGAUAGAAAAAGGAUUACAUUGAGACUAGUUUAAUAGAUGUUGGAAAAGGAUGAAUAUAUUGAAGGAAAAUAUGACUGAUGAUUGACAGGCUGUUGUCUACAUUUCAUCAAUGGGAGUGCAUUCCUAAUAGUGGAGAGCAUCAACAACUUGUGAAGGAGCUUCAUUCUGCGUGUGAGAGCAUUUCAUGGCAGGUGGAUGAAUUGGACAAGACAAUUUCUAUUGCCUCAAAAGAUCCUUCUUGGUAUGGUAUAAAUGAUGUUGAGCUUGACAAGCGGAGAAGGUGGACAAGCGAUGCUCGUACUCAGGUUGGGAAUGUUAAGAAAGCAGUAAUAACUGGACAGGAGUCAACUGGAUUGAGCGUUUUUGAGAUGCGAAGAGAACUGAUGAAUCUGCCAGAUCCUGAUCAGAUAGUAGAUAAACCAAACAAGUACACUACUGCAAAUAAUGAUGAUUAUGUAUCAGCUGAAUCUGAUACACAGUUACUCCUCAUAAAGCAGCAAGAUGAUGAGCUGGAUGAGCUUAGUGCUAGUGUAAGAAGAAUUGGAGGUGUUGGGCUUACUAUACAUGAUGAGCUUCGUGCACAGGAUAAGAUUAUUAAUGAUUUGGGCGCAGAGAUGGACAAUACAUCUACUCGUCUUGACUUUGUUCAGAAAAGGGUUGCUAUGGUUAUGAAAAAGGCCAGUCCCAAGGGUCAGUUUAUGAUGAUCUUAUUCUUGAUUGUCUUGUUCAUUAUCUUAUUUAUUCUGGUUUUCCUGACCUAGUUGACAGUGAGAAUAAGCCAGGAUGAUAUUGUAAAUGAAUGAACUCUCUUCUUGGGCAUUUUUUUAUUCAAAUCGUCUGAGUUUGUAUUUAAUUUACUGGUCAUCCAACAUCAAUAAUCUACAAACAAUUUUCCCAUCCUGCGUGAUAGGACCGUA